AUGGAAAAUUUGGACAUUUCAUCUGAAAUUGAAGACGGAGUAUUAGGAAGCAUUGAGCUGUUUGUGGAGAACGAUCUUCUUGCGAGUUCUGGUGCAGCAAUUAUUUCCCCAGAGAUCCUGAUGAACGAGAAUCCGACAAGAACGGAAAACUUUUUCGAAAUAACGAUACCAGGAUACACGUUUGAUGAGUUUCGGAAACAUUUCCGAAUGAGUCGAAGUGCUUUCGCAGCGUUUCGAGAGAAAUCUGGAGGCCGUAUCCCAGGGAUAAUUGGGGCUAUUGAUGGGUGUCACAUCCAAAUCAAACAGCCCUUAAGAAACCCAAUCGACUACUACAACAGAAAAAAUUCCCACUCAGAUAUUUUACAAGUCGUGUGUGACCAUAGAGUUGUUUUCACCGAUGUGUAUGUAGGAGCUCCGGGACGGUUGCAUGAUGCAAGAGUCUUUAGAAACAGCCCAUUGUCGAGUGAAAUAGACCGAUUGGUGCCUGACGAAUAUCAUCUUGUGGGUGAUACAGCCUACCCUCUGAAAAAAAACCUUGUACCACCCUUCCGUGAUAACGGACACUUGAGUGAAAACAAAAUUAAUUUUAACACGCGUCUUAGUAGCGCAAGAGUUACAAUAGAACGAGCAUUUGGGUUCCUUAAAUGCCGAUUCCGCCACCUAAAGUAUUUGGAUGUUUCAGAGCCAAUGAUGGCCAAUAAAAUAGUAACUGCUUGUUGCAUAUUGCACAACCACAUUCAAAUACGCAGCCAUGAGGAUUUUGUUGAUGCGGAUAUUGAGGUGGAUUAUGAGAAUCCAAUGUACCCAGAUCCUAAUAACGAAAACAUGAACGAAAGAGGAUCUCAAUGCCAAAAGCGAAACUACUUGCUCUCAUUAUUUUGAAAUAAAAAACAAAAAAGUAAUA